AUGGCAACAGGGGUACUGUGCGACAAGAAAGUCCCUGUUCGACUGAAGUCGAAGAUCUACAGGACGGUUGUGCGUCCUGUUGCCCUUUACGGAUGCGAGUGCUGGCCGACUAUGAAAGCCUUGGAAAGAGUGCUGCACGCUAUGGAGAUGCGGAUGUUGAGGUGGACGAUAGGUGUAACGCUAAAAGAGAAAGUAUCGAACGACACUGUGCGCUCCAUCUUCGGUGUCGUCCCGAUAACUGAAAAGAUGAAGGAGGCGCGACUGAGAUGGUUUGGUCACGUCUUGCGGCGGGAGGAAGAUUCUGUUGCCAAAACCGCUCUGAAGCUCGACGUUUCAGGAGUGAGGCCGCGCGGGAGGCCAAAGAUUCGCUGGUUAGACGGUGUGAAGCUGGAUAUGAUAGAUGCACGUUUGUGUACGGCUGAUGCAAUGGAUAGAACCAAAUGGAAGACAAGAAGCAGAAAAGCGGACCCUGCAACAACGCGGGACAAACGCUAG